AUGUUCUCCAAGCUCAUCCUCGUCGUUCUCUCCGCCACCGCCGCUCUCGCAGCUCCCCUCCACCCUCGCACCCUCGGAUCCAUCACCUUCUACAACCCCGGCAAGGGCGCCUGCGAGGAAACCCACGGCGACGCCGACAUGGUCGCUGCCAUCGGCCGUGGUCUCUACGACUCUGGCGACUACUGUGGCAAGACCAUCAAGGUCACUGGUGAAGCCGGCGAGGCCAUUGUCACCGUCGUGGAUCGCUGCGAUGGCUGUGCCGACAACGAUCUCGACAUUUCCCCCGCUGCCUUCGAGCAGGCUAUGGGAGACAAGGACCAAGGGCGUGUGCAGGGAGAGUGGAACUGGGUCUAA